UGCCAAGAAAAAAAAAUCCUUAUAAAAACGCACAAGAAAAAAGUAAAAGAGCUAUUCUGUAAAAUAAAAAUGAAAAAAGUAUUGAAUCCUACAUUAAUAGAUACAGGAUAUGAUGUUCUGUUUCUCAACGGCUACAUCUGUCUGUGAUCCUUUUUUAAUCCAACGAUCCAGAUCUCUCCUCAUCGCCUAUAUAAAACUCACUUCUCUUACAUCAAACAAACAACACGCUUGGUUAAACUCCAUCAGUACUUUAACCAUCACUUCAAAGUUCAAACUCUUUUUUUUUUUUUUGUUUGAUCCAAAUUUUAACAAAAUUAUGGAUCGCAAUUUCCUCCUAACAGUUACAUUGAUCUGCAUUGUCGUCGCCGGUGUCGGUGGCCAAUCUCCUAUCUCUUCUCCGACCAAAUCUCCCACCACUCCUUCUGCUCCAACUACUUCCCCUACUAAAUCCCCCGCCGUUACUUCUCCCACUACGGCUCCGGCGAAAACUCCAACUGCUUCGGCUUCUUCACCGGUUGAGUCACCAAAAUCUCCGGCUCCUGUUAGCGAGUCGUCUCCACCACCGACACCUGUUCCAGAGAGCUCUCCUCCGGUUCCUGCACCAAUGGUUUCUUCUCCAGUGAGCUCUCCACCGGUUCCAGCACCAGUAGCUGAUUCUCCUCCAGCUCCGGUAGCCGCUCCGGUUGCUGAUGUACCGGCUCCUGCUCCAAGCAAGCAUAAGAAGACUACAAAGAAAUCGAAAAAGCAUCAAGCUGCACCUGCUCCGGCUCCGGAACUUCUCGGUCCACCUGCACCACCGACUGAAUCUCCCGGACCUAACUCCGACGCUUUUUCUCCCGGUCCUUCCGCCGACGAUCAGAGCGGAGCAGCGAGCACAAGGGUGUUGAGGAAUGUAGCGGUGGGAGCGGUUGCAACCGCAUGGGCCGUUCUCGUUAUGGCAUUCUAAAUUAUUUAUCAUUUCACCUCUGAUAUUUUUUAGUUUUUAUAUUUUUGACCCUACCAUUGUCUCUUUCUUUACGAAUUUGGUAAUGAGUAUUAUUUAAUUGAUUAUACAGUUUGUUUUCUUUUAUUUUAUUUAUAUGGAAAUAAUAAGAAUUCAUAUCUGUCAGUGAUGAAAAUACUGUUUUACACAUUGAUUGUUCUUUUCUUUUGCAGACAAAAGUCCUUUAGUGAUGGGUCCGAGUUCUUUAUUGAAAAUGACACAUUCAAUUUUAAUGCAGAAUUAUGGACAUUUACUCUAAAAUAAAAUGUUUGUGUAAGUAACGUCUAUGUAACAAUAAGCAAAGCAGUUACAUAAUUUGUUUUAGUCUUUUAAAUGUUUAAAGUGUUAGUAA